AUGUCCGAGGUCUUCCCUUACACCCACCCAACCGGGUAUUUAUUUUCCAUCAACGAACGCGUCGCGUUGGCGACCUCGUUGCCGUUGUUGAUGACGCACACCAAACGCCGUCGCGUUCAGGUCUGGGGGAAGGUUUUCGGCCAUAAAGCGAAUUACAUCCUCGCUCAGGCCUUCGACGACGACCUCGUCGCGGAGCCGGAGCUUUUUUACAGCAUCGACGAAGGCCUCACCUUCACCCUGAUCGGCACGACCUCGUCGUUGUUAAGCAGCGUCUCGCAUGUGGGGAGCACCCCGAUGGAGCAGGAGGCUUUUAAACACCGCCUGCUGGGGGAGAUCCGCGGGACCUUCAUGGGGGAUCCCGCGUAUGAAUAUCGCGUCACUUCGCUUCAGACGAGCCCGUCGUCCGGGGAAGGGGGGGUUUCGCGGAGUUACAAAGAAUCCCUCCGCGUCGCGCUCUUCGUGGAGGAGCAUGAUUACCAUUGCCGGGUCGCCCCGCGCGGGUCGUUCUUCCACAGCGAACGGCAAGAUGGGUUGGAGCGGGAGAUUAAGCUGAACCCGGCCUUUGCCGGGCUCCCACGGGCUUUAGAAGGGGCCUUGUCGUUGCAAAAUUACUAUCACAUCCGCGCACCGAAUCCUUACCGGCGGCUUCUUAGUAUGCAGUCCGGAAAGGCCCCGUUGGAGGCGAUGUUUGAGAAUAUCAGCAUCGACGCGGCGUUCGUGAGUAUCGCGGAGGAUAUCCCGACGAAUUUGUGGCGGCUGCAGUACGACCCGCUUUACGACCUCGUCGUUGGGCGGAAUGCGCAAUUUCCAGGCUCCGUUUUUUACCACGUUCCGGAGACUGGGAAGUAUGGGAAUAUUUACAUCGGCGACGGGACGAUCAACCGCAACGUCGCCUUUAUGAUUUAA